AUGAGUAAGAUAAGGGCUUCAACAGCCAAAAUCGCUGAAAAUUGCUCAAAUCUUGGUUAUGGCAAACUACAGUCGGAGGAAAAGUACAAACGCUUGCUUAAAGAUAUUCGCGAAUUUUUUGUUGCCUAUGAAGAAGAGGGUAACUACCUUGGAUCCCAUCAAACUUUGACGGAUGAAAUCAUAUUGUGUGCAACGACUUAUCUGGAAAAGAACUCUCGAGGUGAAAAAUUCUGGUCUGACAACCACGGCAGCCUGGUGUGGCCAAAAGAUCAAGCACCUAUCACUGACGCUAUUGCCCACAUCUUCCGCCGUAAAGGCAUAUCGUCGUUUUACCACAGCGGACGUUCAAAACCCAACAAAAGAAAAGAUGGCCAAGCUUCGGCGAGUCUGGAGAGGAUAACAAAUGCUCGCGAGCAACGACAUCAAGACGACGAUGAUAACGAUGAUCUUCCAUCAAUUUGGUCCCAGUACAUUCAAAGCCUGAAUCCCGAUGUAAACGUGAAGUACUUGACGGACUUCACAACAGAAUGGUUGGAAACAAAAAACAGCCCCUGGCCCGAAAUCGCAGAUGUUAAACUCCAGACAUUUAUGCAUAACCGCAAUUUCUACAGUCACCCGAAUCACCGCAGACAAACCCCACGCGAGCUGAUCAUUAUUCUUGGGAAGGGCUCUGAAGUUGCUAAACUGCGCAAUGGCCCGCUCUCUGCUGAGUUCCAGAGCCGAAUAUGCGACAGGGUGGAGUUCCUAACAGAUCGGCUCGCCAAGGCGCCGUAUUUUAUACUGGAAUCUGAGCGCGAUGGAGCCGUACACAAGAUCAAGUCUUUUGCAAACAUGUGGAGGAGGAAGGAGACAUACUGGGAAGACCAUUCAGACCAUAUGACAGCCCAACCAACAGCGACUAUGAAGCCAGAAUCCAACAAGCGUCGGAAGUUAGAUGCGACGAAGAGCUCGGUAGCGUUCCCAAAUCUGUAUGAAAUGCCUCCACCAAGACAGGAGACAAAGGUGGUUUCAGUGGUGGGCGAGGCAUCGAAGACGGCUGCUGAUGAACUGGACAGAGUUCAUUUGACAUCGCCGUUGAGCGACUUGUCGACUCUGAGUACUUCAAUCUUCCAGAUUCCAACUCAUAUUCAGCACAGACCAGGGUCAAGUAGCCGCCGUCCUUUGGCCUUGGAGGACAGUAGCAACGAUGAACGUACCGCUGACACCAUAGUGGUCGCUGUCCCUGGAAAUCUCAGAAAACUGAAAAUUGAGCCUCUCCCAGAGAUCCCCCAUCCUGCACCAACAACGGCCUACUAUCAACCUUCAUUGCCUUCCACGCCACCCACAUCUGGACAGACUGCUUCAGCUUCAUUCAUGCAAUUUCGUCAUGACCAGAUGACAUCAAUAUCUCAAGAACAGCGCCCUACACUUCUCAAUGCAAACUCCUCUCGAUGCCCAUUUCCACGAAUACCUUUCGGCGCCUCUGCGAAAUUCUCUGAAGGCGAUCAAAGACCUGCGGAAGGUUCAAUGACACUAGAAUCAUCUAAUUGGGCCGAGACAAGCGCAUCUUCAGAGCCUUUCAUUGAGAAGUUAAGACCGCCAACUACGACUUCAGUGAGUGGCCCCAAGAGUCCGUCGAGGGCAUUUGACAAAUUUCUGUCUUUCUAUGGCACUGGUCAUCGAGGCUCUAGAAUAGAAGUACCCACAACUUCCAAGAAAACGCAGCAAAUUGACUCGCGGGCUUCUAUCAUGUCGCCCAUAGAGCGCCUUCGUGCUAAGAGACAAGAGAUGAGAGACGAGAAGAGAGCUGAGGUCUGUGCCCAGAUUUCUGAAUGGGAGGAGAUCAGAAAGCACGAGAAGAUAUCACGAUUGCAAACUAAGGCGCCUCCUCAGGCUUUGACGAUCACACGAGAAGAAAUGCCAUCACCUCCCCAUCUUCCUCUUGUCACUGAACCUUUUGGUAGGAAACCAAGAGGCACAGUUCCUCAAGAUGAUAACCAUUUUACGACGGGUUCUGGGUUGAUCGGAAAUCUUAACCUCACGAAUCAACCCUCCAUAUCAUCUACAGAUCCUAUCCUUCAGAUUUUGUCUCCCAUCGAAGCGCUCGAAGCUCCUACUACAUUGCCCCAAGCGUCAAGCAUCAAGUCAGGACAUCCAUCCGAAGUUCAACAGUCUAAAUCCUCUAGCAAAACCCCAGAAGAAGACCUUGCAAACGAUCGACAAUACAAGCGCUCCAGCCCAAAUUCGAACACAGUCUGUGUUCAAAUGAAAAACCAAGUGCCCAUGGUCAGCAAAACCAGAGCCUCAAGACCAGCUCAAGCUUUAAAUUCCAACAUUGCCUCCAAGACGACUGCAGAGGCUCCGAUUUCUCCUACCCAGAAUGCUGCUCCCCGUUCCAUUGUCCAAGCCUUGGAUUUCCCAGAGACUUCUACAGAACUGGAGCCUUCGACUGCGUCCAUGGCUCCCAGAUCAUUACACGACGAUCUAACGGGACUAGGUUCUUCAGACGCUACAUCUGUACCUUCCACGCCAUCUUUCUGUCACAUGGACCUUGAUCCGGUGCUUGCUCCGAUUGCUAUGCCUUUGCAGCAACUUGUCCCUACCACUGCUACAGUCUCAGUCACACCGAGCGCUUCCGUCAACCGAGAGCCUUCCAAGAGUUCAACGCCACCAGCCCCGACAAAAAGCAGCUCAAAUAUCGGCAUUGGCGUUGCUGCUGCUACGAAGAAGACGCUGGUGACACAACCCGAUGAAGUCUCCAAGAAGGGAAGUGACAAUGAGCUUUAUACGGAUAAGAUAAGCAACGAGCAAGAGAUUGUCCCUCCUAAGACUCCUGAGCCAACACACGAUCUGCUUCGACAGUGUCGUAGAGCGUACGCACUUGUGCCCGAACCAACUCCUUUCUCAGCCACACCAUCAGAAGAAGAACUCGCUACCAUGCAAGCACUCCAUCAUCAGCACAACAUUAGAGCCCGACCAGAGCCACAAACCAACCAAGAACACUCACUCGUCAAAUCCACGCUCCACGGCUCAGGAAUCAAGACCCUCGAGGUCGUCAUCGAGUCAGCAGACGAAGUAGUGAGUGCCGAAAACGGCUACUCUUUCGACGUAGUCACCAACAACACCCUCUCUGGCUUCUUCUCGUUCUACGCAGCGACGUCUGGCGCUCCGCUGGAGAGCUUCCAUAAGUUGACCUUCACGCCGACGUGGCCGAGUUGCGCUACGACGUACGUCACCAAGCAGAUGGGGGAGCCGGGUUUUAACAAGGUGAAGAAAAUGCUUCAGGUUUGGUAUAAGAAGGCACAGAAAGUUGAUCCAGAGGAGAUGGAUUUCCAGAUCAUGGUUGAGAUGGGUUAG